CGGUGUGAUGUGAUGAUGGAUUUUUCCGCCAAGUGGAGUAAUUUACCCAAAGGACCGAGUCUAAAAAGCUUGACAGAAGAAGGAUUUGGCAUCCCGAAGAAAACGCAACACGCUGCUGUCCAGGAACUGACGAAGGCGCACAUAGAGUCAUUCGACCAAGCUGUUAAAUAUGGACUCGGUCGAACUGUGCAGGCUAUUCCUCCGUUGGAGUUCACAUUCAGAAAUGACAAGAUCAGUUUGACGUUUGUUGACGCAACUGUUAUGAAGCCGGCGGUCGCGAAGGGGAGCGUCUGCAGGGACUUGAAUUUGUUCCCAGCGGAGUGCCGGGGAAGGAGGUGUACAUACAGGGGGAAACUUGUGGCAGAUAUCAGCUGGUCAAUCAAUGGAAUUCCCAAAGGCAUCGUCAAACAGGCCCUUGGCCAGAUACCUAUCAUGGUCAAGUCCAAGUUGUGUAACCUACAUGGGCUGUCUCCCAAAGAGCUCAUUCAACAUCACGAGGAAGCGGAGGAAAUGGGCGGUUAUUUCAUUGUGAAUGGAAUUGAGAAGGUCAUCCGUUUGCUGAUCAUGCCCAGAAGAAAUUAUCCCAUUGCCAUGUUGAGACAUAAAUGGAAAAACAGAGGCCAAGGAUACACUCAGUAUGGUAUCUCUAUGAGAUGUGUGAAGGAGGAGCAUACAGCCAUCAACAUGAACCUUCAUUACAUGGAGAAUGGGACAAUGAUGUUGAAUUUCAUAUACCAGAAAGAGCUCUUCUUCCUCCCACUUGGCUUUGUACUAAAGGCCCUGGUGGACUUCACAGAUUUCCAGAUAUACCAGGAGCUGAUCAAGGGCUAUGAAGACAAUUCCUUCUACAAGAGCUGUGUGUCAGAAAUGCUGCGCCUUGUUGCAGAGAGGGGCUGCAUCACCCGCAGCAAGGUGCUCAAUUACCUCGGGGAGCGAUUCCGGGUUAAGCUGUUCCUGCCUGAAUGGUUUACCCCUGAACAGUGUGCCAAUUUCCUGCUCAAUGAGUGCAUUUGUAUUCACCUCACAUCUGAUACAGAGAAGUUCUACUUGCUGUGUAUGAUGGCCAGGAAACUAUUCGCCUUAGCCAAGCUGGAGUGUAUGGAGGAGAACCCCGAUAGCAUCAUGUGUCAAGAGGUGCUCACUCCGGGUCAACUCUACCUCAUGUUUCUCAAGGAGAAAAUGACUCUCUGGUUGGUGUCUGUGAAGCUGGCAAUACUCAAGAGGGCCAUCAAGCUAAAUGCAAGUUUAACUACCGAAAACCUGAUGAAGAUGUUCAACUUCGGCGUUGACCUGACCAAAGCAUUUGAAUAUCUGUUGGCGACUGGGAAUCUCAGCUCCAAGACGGGUCUUGGGCUGCUCCAGAAUACAGGCCUUUGUGUAGUGGCUGACAAGCUCAACUUUAUCCGCUACCUGUCCCACUUCCGCUGUGUGCACAGAGGUGCUGCUUUUGCCAAGAUGAGGACCACCUCGGUGCGUAAGCUGCUGCCUGAAUCCUGGGGUUUCCUGUGCCCCGUCCACACCCCAGAUGGAGAGCCCUGUGGCCUCAUGAACCACAUGACAGCCAGCUGUGAGAUCGUGGGCCAAGCCAUGGCCACCGUCACCUUGCCCACCCUGCUCUGCUCCUUGGGUAUGACCCCAGUGGACGGUUCUCCUUGUCAAGCUUACUCGGACUGCUACCCCGUGGUUCUGGAUGGGGCCCUGGUGGGCUGGGUGGAGAAUGACCUCGCCCCCCUCCUAGCUGACUCCCUGCGCAGGUUCAAGGUUUUAAAAGAGAAGAAAAUCCCUCCCUGUACUGAGAUAGUGCUGAUUCCCAAAACGGGCAAGGCCAGCAUUUAUCCGGGCCUAUUCCUCUUCACAACACCCUGUCGUAUGGUGCGACCCGUCCAGAACCUUGCCCUGGGCCAGCAAGAGCUGAUUGGCACCUUUGAACAGCUGUACAUCAAUGUGGGCAUUUUGGAGGAUGAGAUUGAGGCAGGUGUGACCACACACCAGGAACUUUUUCCCCACAGCAUGUUAAGUGUGGUGGCUAACUUCAUUCCUUAUUGUGACCACAACCAGAGCCCCAGGAACAUGUACCAAUGUCAGAUGGGGAAGCAAACCAUGGGCUUCCCCCUGCACUCAUUCCAGGAUCGCUCGGACAACAAGCUAUACCGCCUACAAACCCCUCAGAGCCCGCUGGUCAGACCCUACAUGUACGACCACUACAACAUGGACAAUUAUCCUGUCGGCACAAAUGCCAUCGUGGCAGUUAUAUCCUACACCGGUUACGACAUGGAAGAUGCUAUGAUUUUGAAUAAGUCAUCGUGGGAAAGGGGCUUUGCCCACGGCAGUGUCUACAAGACAGAACUGGUGGAUCUGGCAGACAAGGCAAAGGGAGACGACGGCAUCGUGUUCGGAACCAAGUCAGGUGACCCUAAAGUUAACAAUAAACUGGAUCCAGAUGGACUCCCUCCCAUUGGUACAGUGCUCCGGAAUGGAGACCCCUUCUACAGCUGCAUCAAUCUCAAUACUGGCCAGAGCUUUGUCACUUUCUACAAGAGCCAAGAGAGCGGUGUUGUUGACAACAUAAAGGUCUGCAGCAAUCAGAGCGGCACGGGCCGUUUCAGACGUGUCUGCAUCACCAUACGAGUGCCGCGCAACCCCACCAUUGGUGACAAGUUUGCCAGCCGCCACGGUCAGAAGGGCAUCCUGAGCCGCCUGUGGCCCGCAGCGGACAUGCCCUUCACGGAGAGCGGGAUGACCCCCGACAUCCUAUUCAACCCCCACGGCUUCCCCUCCCGCAUGACAAUCGGAAUGCUGAUUGAAAGCAUGGCGGGCAAGUCCGCUGCUUCGCACGGUCUUAGCCAUGAUGCCACACCCUUCAUCUUCUCUGAGAAAAACUCUGCACUCGAGCACUUUGGAGACAUGCUACGAGCUGCGGGCUACAACCACUAUGGCACAGAGCGGCUCUACAGUGGGCUGAGCGGCCUGGAGCUGGAGGCAGAUAUCUUCAUCGGCAUCGUCUACUACCAGCGGUUGCGUCACAUGGUCUCUGACAAGUUUCAGGUGAGGACCACGGGGGCACGGGACAAGGUGACCAACCAGCCGGUGGGAGGAAGGAACAUCCAGGGAGGCGUCCGCUUCGGGGAAAUGGAGCGAGACGCCCUGCUGGCCCAUGGCUCCUCCUUCCUGCUCCACGACCGCCUUUUCAACUGCUCCGAUCGCUCCGUGGCCCAGGUAUGCGUCGACUGCGGCAGCCUGCUGUCCCCUCUGCUGGAGAAGCCACCGCCGUCCUGGUCUUCCCUGUGCCACCGCAAAACAGUCUGCACCCUGUGUGGCAAGAGCGACUCCAUUGACACAGUAAAUGUGCCUUUUGUCUUCCGCUACUUUGUUGCCGAGCUCGCGGCAAUGAAUAUCAAAGUCAAAUUAGAAGUAAAAUGACAAAAAAAGGAAAAUAGAUUAAAGUGGAGUUGAGGAUUUAUGAGAAUCUUGAACAUUGUAAUGGAACUGCUUUCCAGCAAUAUGAAAUAUUUCUGUGUAUGUAAUAUUUGUCAGAAAAUGAAUAGCCAUAGAAGAAACAAGAGGAAGCCAGCUAUUGCGCCACAGCAGGUUUGCCUACUUUAUACAAGGUGGAUGAUAGGGUGAAUAGAGCGAGUGAUCUGGUCA